UUGGCACCUUGGUGAAGUGUUUUCAAAAUCGAUCCUCAAAAAUGGCCCCAUCUCACGCGCCUUACUCGGUUAACAAAAGCCCCAAGGAGUACGACGAGUACAAGUUCACUCUGCCAGCUCUGUACCGUGAGCUGGCCAAAGAGGAACUCCGAGAAGAUGAUUGCGUACGUGAGAAAGCUCUUACCGAGAUGCGCCACUGGAUCGCGGAAAACCCUUACAUCUUCAAAUGUCGCACGGAUGCCAAGUUCUUGCUCCGAUUCCUUCGCUUCCGUCAGUUCUCCGUACCGAUGGCGUGUGAGGCGCUGGAGCGCUAUCUUACCGUUCGCGAGCUGUAUCCAAGUUGGUUCAAAAAUCUUGACUGCACUGAAUCGACCAUGAAGGAAAUUUUCCACAGCGGUACGUUCACGUUGCUCGGCUGGGACGCUGCGGGACGGAUGGUGGGAUUUUCGCGCUUCAGUCGCUUCGAUGGUGAAAAGCACAGCCCCGCACAGGAUGCACGCUUUAUGGCGCUGGUCAUGGAGACGAUGCUCGAGUGCGAGGAGUUCCAGGUUGGCGGAUGCCACGUUCUGAUCGACUUUGAGGGCAGCACGGUGGCCAACUUUGAGAAGUGGAGUACGACCGAUUUGAAGAUCAUGAUGGAUGCGUACAGCCACACGUACCCCGUCCGGUAUGCGGACAUUCAUUCGGCGGGUCUGCCAAAGUAUGGUAGCUCCGUUAUCGAUACGUUUCUGUCGUUCGCGAACCCGAAGAUGCGGGAAAAAAUAAGCUGCUUUUCAACGGCAGCUGAGAUGGAAAAGUAUUUUGAAGCUCCCUUAAAGCCUGCAUUGUACGGCGGAACGGUCGAUCUGGAGCUGGCAAAUCGGGCUCUGUGGAAACGUAUGGAGGAUCAGCGUGAGGUGGUGCUCGGGCUGGAUCAGAUGGAGAUCGAUUUGGAUUACUAUUCGUCGCGGUGGAACUUUGAGGGCACUACGCCGGAUGAGAUUGCAGCCGGUGCCAUGUUUAAACGUUUAACCAUGAAUUAGAGGUGUUUUAAGGAAUGGUUGCAUGUUUUAAAACAAGUUUUGGAGAAUAAUAAAAAAUGAAUUCAUCAAUUUAUAAAAUGGGGAUUUAUGGGGAUAUCUCGCAUUAGUCAUUCGAUUAAAACUGCAUUUCAGAAUUUGAGCCACAUCUUUUGACCCACUUGUUGGAAAGCCGAUUAUGCAGUUUGAUUGACGACCGUAUACUCAACAUCAGCAUCCCUAGCUAGAUCAGGGACCGGCAUGAUCCAACAGCAAAAAACUGGUCAACGGAUGACCUACAGGCACUAUCAGCACAUGCUUGGACGCAGUGUUCGAUUUUUCCAGACGACCGCCAACACGGAUGAGUUCGUCCGUUUCUAAUUGCAAAUUAUUGUAGAUUAAAAUUGCCAAAAUAAACUUGUA